GCUACGCAUGCGCAAACUACGUCCAAAUCUGAAUUGAAAUGAAGGUUAGAUAUUUACUCAGCGGAAGAUGGUUUAUAAAAAGUUUUUAAAUUAUUUCAAACGUAAACGACGUUCAAGGCAUGAACGGGGCUCUAAGAAUUUAGUACAAUAAUGUAACAAUUUCAAUUUCAAUUCCCGCACAAUCGUAUGCGCAUUAAUCCAGCUUUCACUGCGCAGAAGUAUACCACUCGAAUAAGAAAUAGAGUUGGUUUCUGUUUUCAUAAUUAGACAUUAUUUGCAGAAGUAUUAGCGUUAUUUUCAAUAGUUAAGUUUAUUCCCUUGAUUUUUCUAAUUGUUAUAACUGUUAUGAAAUGUCAAGAAAGAAAGAAUUAUGUUAUAAAAAAAAAGCCUGGCAUAUAUUCCUUUAGAAAACAAAACAUUUUUAGAACUAGUAAUAGAAUGAAUGUUUAUUUUGAUAUUAACGAAGAUCAACUGCCAAUAAUAUAUUCCCCACAUUAUAAUAUUCGAUUUAUGGGAUUACAAAAGUUGCAUCCAUUUGAUUCUGAGAAAUGGGGAAAAGUUUAUAAUCUUUUGUUAGGUUCUGGAGUUAUUAAAAAAGAUACGUCUGUUGAACCCCGUGAAGCAAGUGAUGAAGUUUUACAAGUUGUUCAUCCAGCAUCAUAUUUAAAUAAACUUAAGUGGAGUGCUUAUGUUGCUCGAAUAACUGAAAUCCCUUUUCUCUUUGCAUUGCCUAAUAAGUUGGUACAACAAAGAAUUCUGCGACCUUUUCGUUAUCAGACGGGUGGAACAAUAUUGGCAGGAAAAUUGGCAAUGGAGAGAGGGUGGGCCGUGAAUAUUGGAGGAGGAUUUCAUCAUUGUUCCAAACAAGAUGGUGGUGGAUUUUGUGCUUAUGCUGACAUCACAUUAUGCAUAAAAUUCAUCUUCAUGAACUACCCUGCCAUUGAGAGAGUGCUGAUUUUAGAUUUGGAUGCUCAUCAGGGUAAUGGUCAUGAGAGAGAUUUCAUGGGAGAUGAAAAAGUGUAUAUUAUAGAUGUUUAUAAUGGAGAAAUAUAUCCACACGAUGAACAUGCAAAAGGAGCUAUUAAGAGAAAAGUAGAAUUGAGACAUUUGACUGAAGAUAUAGACUAUCUAGAACAGGUUUUAAGAAAUCUAUCUCAAGCUAUUGAAGAAUUUUCUCCACAAUUUAUGGUAUACAAUGCUGGAACAGAUAUUCUAAAAGGAGAUCCCUUAGGCUGUUUAUCAGUAACUCCAAAGGCUAUUAUUGAAAGAGAUGAAAUUGUAUUUAGAUUAGCAAGGAAGCAUAAGAUACCAGUAGUCUUUCUUACAAGUGGUGGAUAUCAGAAGUGUACUGCAAAAGUAAUAGCAGACUCUGUAUUGAACUUGCAUGAGAAAGGAUUGCUGAAAUGAUGAUAAAUUGCGAUUCAUAUAAAUUCUUAACAAUUUUGUAAAUAUAAUAAAUUGUCAAAUUUGGAGCCAAAUAAUUAAAUUUUAAAAAAUAUUGUUAAAUCAUUCAUUUUAGUUUUAAUUGGUUGUUUUACUUUCAGCUUUACUUUUAUGUUUGUAAAUAAUCUUUUCAUGGAAUUAUUAUAUUAGUUAGGUUUUUCAUUAUGUUUGUAAAUAAAUAAAAUUUGUUGAAGAAUUAAUGAAUAAAAUGUUUUAUAUUGAAAUCCCAUACAA